AUGCAGCGCGCUAGGUUCCGAGCAGGGUCGCAGUAUCCCCUGUGGAGCACCGUUGGCUUCAUCUUCGUUUUAUGCUUUCUGAUCUGGGAACUGGCAGGCGUUCAGGCUGCAGAACGAGGCAAAUACGCCCGCUGUUCGACGCAAAGUUUCUGUGCCUACCACAGACAGCGUCGAGAGCAACAGACCUCGCAACAGGAACUAGCGGCAAACGCUACGGCUCCAGGUACUCGAUGCCGACUCAGAGAGCCGGAGCCGUUUCGCUUGCAGAAAACAUCAUCAUCGGUUCUCAUUUUUGAGCUGUUGCAGCGGGAAGCAAAUGAUUCGGGGACGUUGUCUCAGCUCCAACUCGAAGUAGGAGCUGUUACGCACUCGAUCUUCUCGAUUCGAGUACGUGAGCCUCCACCCAGCGACACGAUUCAGCUUGGGCUCCUGCGACGAAGGAAGCAGCACGCAUCCGUCUCAAAGUAUGAACGCUACUCACCAGUCGAAGACGUUAUGAUGUAUCGGGAACCGUGGUUGCAGUUGGAGCGACUCGCUGCGAGUACAGCAACCUCCUGUCCGUACGUGUCGUCCGCAGCAUGGCUUUCGUCGGACACGGAAACCGUUAUCGUUACUGCAAGUACAAGCCACGCCUCAACAGAACCCGUCUAUAACGUACUGCGGGUCCAACACGAACCAUGUCGGAUAGCGCUCUUCAACAACGUUGCGGACUGGUGUGCCUUGCUGCAGAAUUCCACUGCCACCACUACCCGUCCUUCACUGGUUUGGAACGCAGCGGAGCUCCUCGCUUGGAUCCCGCUGGACGCAAAUACCACAGCAGCUGGUUCCGUUGCGGCAGAUGUUGCCUUUCCUCGUGCUAUUGGGUUGUACGGCCUUCCGGAACAUGCGCUGGAUCUGCGCUUACCCACGACCUGUACGAGAGAGCCUCUUCGUCUCUACAACCUGGACGUCUUCGAAUACGAACUGAAUAGCGAGCUGGGUCUCUACGGAUCGAUACCCUUCAUCCUGGCUCUCAAUGGAUCCGCGCAUACCGUUGGAGCGCUCUGGAUGCCGGCAAGCGAAACCUACGUAGACUUGUGUCCGUUGUUAGACCAGGAGCGCGGAACCGCGAUGCCACAUGCGCACUUCAUUUCUGAACGAGGUAUCCCGGAGAUGUUCGUGUUUGCGGGCCCGUCUCCGGUGGAGGUCUCGCAACAGCUGGCCCUACUGACGGGACAUGCACCACUGCCUCCAGUGUUUGCACUGGGCUAUCACCAGUCGCGCUGGAAUUAUCGUGAUGAGGCGGACGCCCUCCAUGUGGAUGGUCAGUUUGAUGCGAAUGACAUUCCGUACGAUGUGCUGUGGCUGGAUAUCGAGCACACAGACAACAAGAAGUACUUCACCUGGGACGGAGCGAAAUUUCCUGACCCCGCUCGCCUGCAGCAAACGCUUUUCGAGAAGGCCAAACGGAAGCUGGUCACCAUCGUGGAUCCGCAUAUCAAGGCGGAACCGAAUUACUCGCUGCACGAACGAGCCCUGAAGGAGGACUGGUACGUUCGCUCUGGUGACGGCGUCUCUAUCUACGAGGGCUGGUGCUGGCCAGGAAAGAGUCACUACCCAGACUUUAUGGAUCCGCGCGUACAGACCGGCUGGAGCUCGUGUUUCGUUCCGUCGUUCUACCAUGGCAUGACAGAGCACCUCCACAUUUGGGUUGAUAUGAACGAGCCUUCAGUGUUCAAUGGACCCGAAGGCACCUUUCCGAAAAACGUCCGCCAUCGGCUGGGCGCUUUAGAACAUUCCGAUAUCCACAACAUCUACGGACACAUGGUGCACCGAGCGACCUUUGAGGGCCUUUAUCGCGGCCGGCAAGGGAACCUGAGACCCUUCGUUCUUUCCCGCAGUUUUUUCACGGGAAGCCAGCGAUUCGGGGCAGUCUGGACAGGCGACAACGCUGCCCAGUGGUCACACCUGGCAGCCUCGGUGCCGAUGCUGCUCUCGAUCAGCGUGGCGGGCAUCGCGUUUGUCGGGGCGGAUGUUGGGGGCUUUUUCGGGAACCCGCAAGCCGACCUGCUGACGCGUUGGUAUCAAGCAGCCGCCUAUCAGCCGUUUUUCCGUGGUCACGCGCACUUGGACACCAAGCGACGGGAGCCGUGGUUAUUCGGUGAACCGUAUACGAGCCUCAUUCGAGAGGCGAUUCAAGAGCGCUACGCAUUGCUACCGUACUGGUACGUGCUCUUCGCGGCCGAACGCACGCUACCUGUCAUUCGGCCGCUUUUUUACGUGUUUCCUGAUGAAUCGUCGCUGGCGGGAGUUCAGUCUAGCUGGCUCUUGGGCGACGCCUUGCUGGUUGCUCCAGUACUGGAAGCAGCCCCGUCAACGCAUCGCAUCACACUGCCGGGACCAGCUUCGCUCUGCUGGUAUCCAGUACUGCCGCGCACACGACGACUUUUCUCUGGCGAGCAUCUUGUCCAUCGGGGGCAAGAUACCCUAGUUUAUCCAAAACCAGCACUCUCAUCGAUGUAUGUGUUCCAACGCGGUGGCUCGAUCAUACCGCGCUGGGAGCGACAGCGUCGCUCAAGCAGCCUGAUGCUCGGGGAUCCGCUGACUCUGCACGUUGCCUUGGAUGCUGGAUUCCAAGCCCGUGGCAUGCUCUAUUUGGAUGACGGUCUUUCUUACGGUUACCAACGAGGCGAUUAUUGUUUCUGGCGAAUCGCAGCAAUGGGACAGCGACUUGCCAAUGGAUCGACGUCGCUGCAACUGAGGCUGACGUUGCAGGCGCUGGAUGCACUCCCGCCGCCGUCCAACUUGUCUCGCUGUGCGCACGUUCCGCUAGAGCGUUUCGUGUUCUAUUUGCAUGCUGGUGAACGCGUUGUCGUGCGGAAGCCAACGCUCAGCGUAAGCGGCGAUGUGACAACCUGGCAAGGUGUGUGCUAA